GAAAUCCCAAUCUUGCCCGCGCGUGCGCAGCUCGAGACCCGCACUAUUUUUCAUGAACCGACGCUCUCAAGGGUCGGUCCCGAGGGGAGGGGACAGGGGCAACCAAUCGGCGUAGAGUUGUGGCCCGUCCCACGCCGUCCCGGAUGAACCUCGGGUCAGAGGCGCCGGGGGAGUGAGCUGGGGGGAAUGAAUGAGGGUGACAUGGCCCCUGCGCCCCGGCAGGCCGCCGUGACCUUCCGGGACGUGGCCGUGGACUUCACCUGGGAGGAGUGGGGGCAGCUGGCGCCUGCGCAGCGGGAGCUGUACCGGGAGGUGACGCUGGAGAACUACAGGAACCUGCUCUGCCUGGGUUGGAAGAAUAGGUCUGACAGAAAGGAGUCAACUCAAGACUUAGAAGCCUGGGAAUAUAAAGCCAGGUUAAAGAAAUGUUCUAGACUAAACCUAAGAAAACAGAAUAGAAUCAGCUCAAAGAAGAUUUUUUUAAAAUCUAAUGAAUGUGGAAAAGUCAUCAGUUAUAAUUCAGAACUUACUAAGUGGCAAAAAGUUUACAUUGUGAAGAAACCUUCUGAAUGUAACAAAUAUGGCAAAGACUUCCAAUGGAGUUCUCAUUUUACUAAACGUCAGCAAAUACACACUGGAGAGAACCCUUUUGAAUAUAAUAAAUGUGAAAAGGCCUCCUGCUCCAGCAGAAGACUUACUGAAUGUCAGAGAACUCAGAGUGGAGAGAAAUUUUAUGAAUGUCACAUAUGUGGAAAAACCUUCUGCCAGUUCAUGGACCUUGCUCAGCAUCAAGCAGUUCAUAGAAGAGAUAAUCCAUUUGAAUGUGUUGAAUGUGGGAAGACCUUCAGCCAGAGUUCACAACUUAUUGUACAUCAGAGAAUUCAUGCUGGAGAGAAGCUGUAUGAAUGCAAUGACUGUGGGAAGGCCUUUCAUUGGUGUUCACGGCUUAUUCAACAUCAGAGAAUACACAGUGGAGAGAAACCUUUUGAGUGUAAUGAAUGUGGGAAGGCUUUUCGCCAGAGGAUACAGCUUACUGUGCAUCAGAGAAUUCACACUGGAGAGAAACCUUACGAAUGUAAACAAUGUGGGAAGGCUUUCCACCGAAGCACAGGACUAACACAACAUCAGAAAAUUCACACGGGAGAGAAACCUUAUGAAUGCAGUGAAUGUGGGAAGACCUUCUGCCGGAGUUCACAACUUAAUCAACAUCAGAGAAUUCACACUGGAGAGAAACUUUAUGAAUGUAGUGAAUGUGGGAAGGCCUUCUGCCGUAGGUCACAACUUAAACAACAUCAGAUAAUUCAUACAGGAGAGAAACCUUACGAAUGUAGUGAGUGUGGGAAAGCUUUCCACCAGACUUCACAACUUAUUCGACAUAAAGUAAUUCAUACAGGAGAGAAACCUUUUGAAUGUAACCAAUGUGGGAAGGCCUUCCACAGAAGCACUGGACUUACACAACAUCAAAGAAUUCACACUGGAUGGAAACCUUUCGAAUGCAGUGAAUGUGGGAAGGCCUUCCACAGAAGCACUGGACUAAUACAACACCAGAGGAUUCACACUGGAGAGAAACCUUAUGAAUGUAAGGUGUGUGGGAAAACCUUCCGGAGGAGCUCACAACUUACUCAACACAAGGUAAUUCAUACUGGAGAGAAACCUUAUGAAUGUAACGAGUGUGGAAAAGCCUUCUGCUGGAGCUCGCAGCUUACGCGACAUCAGAAAAUUCAUACUGGAGACAAACCUCCUGAAUAUAGCACGAAUGAGGAUGUUUUCCACACAGAGAAACUACCUACUCAACACCAUAAAAUGCAAACUGGAGAGAAGCCUCAUAAAGUUAAGUCCUUAUGACUAUGAUGAAAAUGAGAAGGAUUUACAACAGAAUAAAUACUGAAAACUACUUAAGCUAAACUAAAGUAAAACCUUAUAGAUGAAGUGAAUCCAUGACUGAUUUCCCUCUAUGGCAGUUCUAAACUUUUUUUUCACUUUC